ACCCCUGGUUUUAGGGUUUUGGCGUGAUGAGCUCUAGCGAGGACGAGGACGGCGCUGGAUGGGAGGACUGGGCAGAGAAUGCCGACGACGCUGGAUCGAUCGUGAAGUGUCUGCUUUGCUCCUCUUCCUUCUCCUCCGCCGAUCAAGCAUUCCGUCACUGCUCGCAGCAACACGGCCUCGAUUUUGGCGCUCUGCGGCUCCAUUCUCGUCUGGAUUUCUACCAGGCCUUGCGGCUGCUAAAUUUCAUACGCUCUGAGGUAGCGGCAGAGAGAUGUUGGAACUGUGGUGCUGAGUUCCAGGACGAGAGGGCAUUCCAGGAUCACGUCGAUUCCACGCGGCAUUGCUCGCUGCCCGGGUCUGAUCGUUGGAAGGACGACUUCUACUUGGCUCCUUUCCUCAAGGACGAUGCGUUGCUUUACAACUUCGACUUGGACGAUAUCGAAGAGGAUGGUAACGGUACCAUUGAUCGAGACGAGAUCAUCAGCGAGCUAGCAAACUUGGAUCCGGGAGAAGGAUCCAUUGACGAAGCUAUAAGAGAGCUUGCAACUAGCUCUUUGCCAACGAGUGAUGGAAAGCUUGCCGAGAAGAAGAAAAGAGUUAGCUUUGACAACGUUGUCAAAGAAGAGAUCCUGCGCGUUAACAGCAAGUACUUCAGUUCUUAUGGCGAGUAUGGGAUUCACAGGGAGAUGCUUGGCGACAAGGUGAGAACCGAGGCUUAUCAAAAGGCUAUUUUACACAAUCCUCCUUUGCUGGAGAAUGCUCUAGUGAUGGACAUUGGCUGUGGAACCGGGAUCUUAAGUCUCUUUGCGGCGAAGGCCGGCGCGUCGAAGGUGAUAGCUGUUGAUGGAAGCGAGAAGAUGGCUAUGGUUGCUCGAGAGGUGGCUAGAGACAAUGGAUUUAUUAGCGAUGGCUCUUCUGGUAAUACCAUAGAAGUUGUUGGAGGAAUGAUCGAAGAUCUCGAUGGAAAGUUAUCCAUCAGUCCUCACAGCGUCGACGUGAUCAUCAGCGAAUGGAUGGGUUACGGUCUCUUGUAUGAGUCGAUGCUUGGCUCGGUGUUGCAUGCACGGGACAGAUGGUUGAAACCCGGGGGAUCAAUCUUGCCAGACACAGCGGAGAUGUUCGUAGCAGGAUUUGGCAAAGGCGCUACAAGCCUCCCGUUUUGGGAGGACGUCUAUGGCUUCAACAUGAAGCGCAUCGGGAACGAAGUUCUUGAGCACGCAGCGAACGCACCCGUGGUAGACGUCGUGAACAAGGAAGACAUCGUCACAGACUCUUUCUCGAUCCAGAAAUUCGAUAUCCUCACGAUGAAGCCCGACGACGUCGACUUCCAUGCACACUUUGAGCUCAAGCCCAGGACCGCCUCUCCAGUCUGGUGCUACGGAGUGGUACUUUGGUUCGACGUCGGCUUUACCGAGAGGUGUUGCAAGGUUUCUCCGGUUACAAUGACGACAUCUCCGUUCUCUCCAAGCACGCACUGGUCACAGACGAUCCUGACGUUUAGAAAUCCGAUCCUUCUAAGCCGCGACGCAAGCGCAGGACCCGGAGAGCCUGGCACGAAGGAGAACCCGGCAGCGUUGCUGAAGGGAAGGAUCAGCAUCGCGAGAAGCUUCAAGCACCGCAGCAUUGAUAUCUCCCUGGAGACGGCGGCGGUGGCGGCUGAAAGUGGAGCCGCGUUUCCAAUGCCUGUCCAGAUUUUUGGGUUAUAGCAAAAGGUCCCAAGCUUCGGUAAGUUGUGCUACACUUGAGGGAUGAGAUCUCCCAAAGUUUUGCUCUCAUGGCUGGAACGCUAUGAAUUUCAUUCGGAUAGAACCAUAUUAAACUUGCUUGUUGACAACAAAGAUUAUGCUAGAACAUAAAUCAUUCCUCGUGUUA